AUGGGGCUUCUGGCAUUUUUUCCCCUAGAGGAACAAAGGAACAGCAUCAUCAACUCCAGUUUGGAAUCUGUCUCAUCAAAUGCAAACAGCAUCCUUAAUUCCAGCAGCAGCCUACAGCCCAACAUGAACUCCAGUGACCCAGACUUGGAUGUGGUCAAACCCACCCGGCCCAACUCACUCCCCCCGAAUCCAAGCCCAACUUCACCCCUCUCGCCAUCUUGGCCCAUGUUUUCAGCGCCAUCCAGCCCUAUGCCCACCUCAUCCACGUCCAGCGACUCAUCCCCCGUCAGGUCUGUUGCAGGGUUUGUUUGGUUUUCUGUUGCUGCUGUUGUUCUCUCAUUGGCUUGGUCCUCUCUUCAUGCAGUGUUCAGCCUCCUCGUCAACUUUGUUCCCUGCCAUCCAAACCUGCACUUGCUUUUUGACAGGCCAGAAGAAGCAGUUCAUGAAGACUCCAGCACACCAUUCCGGAAGGCAAAAGCCUUGUAUGCCUGCAAAGCUGAACAUGACUCAGAACUUUCUUUCACAGCAGGCACCAUCUUCGAUAACGUUCAUCCAUCUCAGGAGCCUGGCUGGUUGGAGGGGACUCUGAACGGAAAGACUGGCCUCAUCCCCGAAAACUACGUGGAGUUCCUCUAACCAUGGGCCCCAGCAGAACUGCUGAGCUCUGCAUGGUAUCCAUGACAACUGCUGAUUCCAGUGUUGUAGGCCAUUUCCCUUUGCCACUGAGAAAUGUAGGGUGACUGACUCUGUUGCUACUUGUCAACACAAAUGUUUCUGUGAACUCUUAUGUCCCCCAUCUCCAUGAUCAUCUCAGCUGACGUGUGGCGACACUGCAAGAAACAGAAAUCAAUCAGCAGAGGAGGCUAUUUGACUUUGAUACCCGAAAAAAAGGCUUGCAAAGCCGUUUUCUCAGAGUGCCCUAAAUAGGGAGCACUCGUUUUGUUUCAACGGUCAUCCAAAGCCCCAAACUUCUAAAAGAGAGAGUAAGAUGCAAGUAGUCCCCAAGAGCACACAGCAUAGCUAAAUCUGUCAGGGCUGGGUGGAGAAAUUGGCACCGAGAUCCAGGCUCAGUUCAUUGCUUUUGUUUACAGUAGACACCCUCUCUACCCCACCUGUAAGUACUUGAGACCCACAGUGCUGCGGGCAGCUGGGUCUGUUUGCAUGCAGCAUGGAGAGGGAUUACAGCACUGUUUGCAGAAGAUCCAAUCGCUCACCAUCUCUAAAGGAGCCGUUGGCCCAUCAUCAGCAAAAUUCAGCCCAGUUCUCUCGUGGAAGGGAACACACACCCCCCACAUUCCCCUCUCCUGAGCUAGGAUCUUCUCUGCCACCAAAGGCUGCCAUCACCUAGUAACCAUGGCAACCCAACCUAGUCUAAAACCAAACCAAAAAAAUAACACUCUCUCUUUGCAUGACACACACACACCCCACA